AUGACUUUGGCUAUUAGAGAUGAAAUUAGAGUUAAGAUGAGUCAGUUUCAGUGGUUUAAGAAUUCGAAGGUCUGUGGGUACUUUGGUCAUAAUGGUAAGGUUAAACAAUUAGUUAAGCUGUAUGUAAAACUUAUGAACGACCCAGUUACGGGUUACCCUGCCGCUGGAGCACUACCGCAAAACACUGACGGUUAUGGAGGUGCUGCUUACCAACAACCACCGAGAGACACAGCUUACCCAUGUGAAGCACCGCCACCUGCCUCCGCGGUGUACAACCAACCUAAUAUCCACGAUCCCAUACGCAAAGCCCCCAUGCUUCAAGUGCUCGGUGUGUAUGCUAUUGCGGUCAUCGGCAUUUCAAUUAUUUAUAUUUUCGUUUAUAUACUUGAUGAUAGAGAGCCCGUGUUCAGAGUUGAUUCACUGUCAGUGUCGAAUCUUAAUCUCACCAAUUCGCUGAUUUCUGGUAAAUGGGACCUUCGUUUUAUUGUGAAAAAUCCGACCAAGGAGAUGGCCAUUUUCUAUAAUGAUAUCGCUGCUGCGGUUUUCUAUGAUGAUGCGUCGCUUUCCGAUACAACGGUUCCGCCUCUUUUUCAGGUGGAUACGACUCAGACGGCCCGGCAAGUGAGUUUUGCUACUGCUGGCGCAUACAUGGAUAAUCAGGCUUUUGAUAAGAUGAACAAAGAAAGGUCGCAAAAAGGUGCAAUUGGGUUCAAUGUGAGGAUAGUGGCUGGGUUUAGGGUUAGUUCUGGGGUUUAUUGGAAUCGGAUGAGGACGUUUGUAAUGGUCUAUUGUAAGGAUUUGUCAGUCGGGGUUGGUUCGAAUAAUUCAUCGGGCACCUUGCUUGGUGGUGCGCGACAGUGCCAGGUUGAACUCUGA